UUAUAGGACGGUUUGCGAAGCAUGUUGCGUGCCUGCGUCACUGUCACGUGCGUGUACGUCAAAACUCGGAAGUGAGAGGGCGGUGUUUUGGUUAGGGCUGUUGUUGGGUUUACGAACCAAGUGUCCACCAUGACAGCCAUCAAGCACGCUCUCCAGAGAGACAUCUUCACUCCCAACGAUGAGCGGCUUCUUGGCAUCGUCAAUGUCUGCAAGGCAGGAAAGAAAAAGAAGAACUGCUUCCUGUGUGCAACAGUCACCACGGAGAAGCCUGUCCAAGUUAAAGUCGUGAAGGUAAAAAAGUCAGACAAAGGUGACUUUUACAAGCGACAACAGACUUGGGAGCUUCGAGAUCUGACUGAAGUAGAUGCCAAAGAUGCAAGCAAGGAAAAUCCUGAGUUUGACCUUCAUUUUGAGAAAGUAUACAAAUGGGUGGCAAGUAGCACGGCUGAAAAAAACUCCUUCAUUUCCUGCAUCUGGAAGCUGAACCAGCGUUAUCUGAGGAAGAAGUUGGAGUUUGUGAAUGUCAGCUCUCAGUUACUAGAAGAACUUCCUAAAGCGGAAGAGUCAGUUCCGAGCGGUGAAAGCCAAAGUGUUGCAGGAGGGGAUGAAGAUGCUUUGGAUGACUACCAGGAGUUGAGUGCUCGUGAGGAGCAGGACAUCGAGGGCAUGAUGGUGUCUUGUGAAUAUGCUAUCUCCAAUGCUGAGGCUUUUGCAGAGAAGCUCUCAAAGGAACUUCAGGUUUUAGAUGGGGCCAACAUACAGUCCAUCAUGGCAUCAGAGAAGCAGGUCAAUAUCCUGAUGCAGCUGCUGGAUGAGGCUCUGUCGGAGGUGGACACCAUUGAGGGGAAGCUGAGCAGCUACGAGGAGAUGCUUCAGAGUGUCAAGGAGCAGAUGGACCAAAUCUCACAGAGCAAUCUCCUCAUACAGAUCAGCAACACCAACAACAGCAAGCUGCUGGAUGAAAUUCAGUUCCUAGUGAACAACUUGGACUUGUCCAAAGGUCACAUUAGGGCCUUACAGGAAGGUGACCUGAUGUCUCCCAAAGGCAUCGAGGCCUGCAUCAAUGCCUCUGAAGCUCUUCUGCAGUGCAUGAACGUGGCAUUGAGACCAGGUCAUGACAAGCUUUUGGCAGUGAAGCAGCAGCAGCUCCUUUUUGCUGAGCUGAGAGACACAUUUGCUCGCCGUCUUACCAAUCAUCUCAACAAUGUCUUUGUCCACCAGUUCAACCACUUCAGUCACUUCAAAAUGACCAUCCCUCAGUUCUAUAGGUCUUCCUGUCUAUCACUUCCCGGCCAUGACCAGAGCUCCACCCUGUCACAGAACACAGCAGAACUGACUCUGCCCAAACACAGCCCCCUACACAGAGACCUGCUGCGCUACGCCAAGCUCAUGGAGUGGCUAAAGAAUACUCACAGGGAGAAGUACGAAGGCUUGUCGAGGACCUACGUGGACUAUAUGAGCAGACUGUAUGAAAGAGAAAUCAAAGACUUUUUCGAGGUUGCCAAGACAAAAAUGGCCGGCACCACCAAGGAGGCGAAGGGAAAGUUUGCUACGCUUCCGCGGAAAGAAAGUGCACUCAAACAGGAAACAGAAAGCCUUCAUGGCAGCUCUGGGAAGCUGACAGGAUCCACCUCCAGCCUUAACAAACUGACAGUGCAGACCUCAAACAGUCGGCGCUCCCAGUCUUCCUCACUGCUGGACAUGGGCAACAUGUCUGCUUCUGACCUGGAUGUUGCUGACAGAACCAAGUUUGACAAGAUAUUUGAGCAAGUCCUCAGUGAGCUGGAGCCUCUCUGCCUCGCAGAACAAGACUUCAUCAGCAAGUUCUUUAAACUGCAACAGCAUCAAACAGUUUCACCUCCACUUGCUCAGCCUGAAGCAGAGGAAUCAGAUGGAGGAAUUCCAUCAAGACAGCCUCCACAGACAGAACACAGACAGUCCUUUUCAUCAGAGAAAGAUCUGGUGCGACUGAUGAUGAAUAAAAUCUUCCAGAGCAUUGAGACGGAGCUCAACAGUCUCAUUGCACUUGGUGACAAGAUUGACAGCUUUAAUUCUCUGUAUAUGCUGGUGAAGAUGAGUCACCAUGUGUGGACGGCUGAAAAUGUCGACCCGGCCUCGUUCCUUAGCACUACGCUGGGAAAUGUACUGGUCACUGUCAAACGGAACUUUGACAAAUGCAUUUCUGGUCAAAUCAGACAAAUGGAGGAAGUUAAGAUUUCAAAGAAAAGCAAAGUCGGUAUUCUAGCUUUUGUGGUUGGAUUUGAGGACUUUGCAGAGCUAGCUGAAACCAUCUUUCGUAAUGCAGAACGUCGCGGUGAUCUGGACAAAGCUUAUGUCAAACUUAUAAGGGCUGUCUUCGUGAAUGUGGAAAAGGUGGCCAGCGAAAGCCAGAAGACUCCUCGAGACGUUGUGAUGAUGGAGAAUUUCCACCACAUCUUUUCCACACUGUCACGUCUAAAGAUCUCCUGCUUAGACACAGAGAGACGGGAAGCGAAGCACAAAUACACCGACCAUCUGCAGUCCUACGUCAUCAACUCCCUGGGACAGCCACUGGAAAAACUUAAUCAUUUCUUUGAAGGAGUAGAGGCACGCGUAGCUCAGGGUGUUCGUGAGGAGGAGGUGAGCUACCAGCUGGCCUUUAACAAACAAGAGCUCCGCAAAGUAAUAAAGGAGUAUCCUGGCAAAGAGGUGAAAAAGGGGCUAGACAACCUUUACAAGAAGGUAGAUAAGCACUUGUGUGAGGAGGAGAGUCUGCUUCAGGUGGUGUGGCACUCCAUGCAAGAUGAGUUCAUACGGCAGUACAAGCACUUUGAAGAUUUGAUUGGCAGGUGCUAUCCUGGAUCUAGUAUAACCAUGGAGUUUACCAUACAGGACAUGCUGGAGUACUUCUCUAGCAUUGCCCAGUCUCAUUAGUUCUUCUGUAAUGCACUGGAAUUUAGUAAUUCACUACUGCUUCAUACUUGCUGAACACAAGCUUCUAACAAGCUUUUCAAAUGUUAAAAAACUUUCUCUGUGUUUGUUUUAAUGAAAUGUGUACAUUGCCCAGUGAUGCAGAUAUCUCUACAUUGAGUUUGUUCCUGUUUUGAAGACAGAAGAACUCUGCACUAAAUAUUUUUUGCAUUUUACUUUUAUUUCUCCAUGCCAUACGUACAUAAUAAAUUUGCAUAUGUCAACCUUCAA